AUGUCCGACCACACGCCCACCCCUGACAUCACGCUCUUCUUCCUGGGCGCCUCGCGCGCCAUCCGCAUCGCUUGGCUCCUCGAGGAACUCAACCUGCCGUACCACCUGGUGUCGUCGCCGCGGGCGUCCAACGGCCUCGCGCCCGACGAGUUCAAGAGCCAGAUCCCGACGAGGAUGGCCAAGAGCCCCGUGAUCAGGGACGGGGAUUUGGUGGUCCAGGAGAGCGCGGCGAUUGUCGAAUAUCUCUGCGAAACAUACGACCUCCAAGGCCGUCUCCUCCCGCCCCCGCAAGAGCGACAAGCCCGGGCAAAAGUGAGGGAAUGGGUCGCCGCCGCCGAGGGGACAUUUAUGCUCCACGCUCUCGCGAUCCUCUACGCACGCUGGCGCCUCCCCAAGGCUGCCUCCACAUACCUCGCAGAAAUGGAACAGGGUCUCGCCCCCAACGUCCACAACGACCUCAACUGGCUCGAAUCCGAGUUGGCAGACGGGAGACGGUACCUGGUGAGGCGCGGCGGAGACGAAGGCGAUACCAGAGGCGUGGUGGCCCACCACGAUAGCGACAGCAUCUCGGCCGCGGACAUCAUGAUGGGAUUCAGCGUCGACUUCAUCUUCGCCCGGGACCUGGGGGCCCAGGGCGGCGCGGCGCACGACUGGCCCAAUGUGCGGAGGUGGUUGCACGGCAUCAAGCAGCGCGAGGCAUAUACGAGGGCGGUCAAGAAGACCGGCUAUACUCUGUAA